UUUUUCCUCCUUGGACUGUUCUGGUUUCUACCACCAGCAAGCGCCCAGAGGACAAACAGAAUUGGCACAUGUCAGACUGAGACUCUGGGAAGAGAAUUCAUCACCUCCUACAUGGCGGACUUUGGGAACUCUAGUCAAUUUGAAGUGCAAAUUACUGGUUACUUUGCCUUCACUUCUGUGUCUGUUUCCAUCUCCAAUUACACGGGUGAUGGGGGAAGGUUUGAGGAGAAGAUUAUGGUAAAUCAGGGAGAGAUGGUGUGGGUCAGCCUACCGGAGUCAGUGGGAAUUAAGGGCACUACCAAGUUCUCCAAUGUGGUCCUAGUCAAGGCUGACAAAGAUAUCUCAGUAGUGUCCGUCAGCAACAAACAUGUGAGCCCUGAGACCACUGUGCUGUAUCCUGUCUCCAGCUUGGGAAAUGAACACUACAUAGUGACUCCCUCUACAGUAUCCUUAGAUAGUUACCCAGAGUUCUCUGUUGUGACGUACCAAGAGCCCAACUCCGUGGAGGUCCAUGUGAAAGGCAAGUUACAUUACCUAACACAGAUCUACUCCACUGGCACCAAACUGGAAAUUAAGCUCCGCGCUUUCCAAGGCAUCCAGUUACAAGGCAUAGCCGUUCUGUCUGGCACCAGGAUUGUCUCAGAAAAGCCAGUGGCUGUCUUGGUUGGCCAGGUGUGUUUUUUUGAUAACACAAAAUGCAACCAUGUCUUUGAGCAGCUCCUACCAGUUUGCAACUGGGGUACAACAUACAUCAUUCCUCCCUUACCCUGGCAGAAAGUAGAUGAAAUAGUCUACAUCACUGCUUCCCGGAACACAACUAUGUUGUAUCAAGUAGGGGAACAGGCAGAGACUGUUACUCUAGCAGGAGGCAGUGUACUCCAGCGUCCUGUCAAGCCCUCGAUCCCAGUCUACAUCUCUGCUAAUGUGGGCAUCCAGGUGGUAUUCUACAGCGUGGGCGCAGCUAUGUCUAAUUCCUCCCACGCCUUCCUGAUGAAUGUUCCAGAUGUUGCCAGUUACUGCCUGAUGUAUUCUAUAAAUGCUCAGGAGGGCUUCGAGAACUUUGCCUUGAUGGUGGCCAAUACAUCAGAGACUGGCGCCAUCAUCCUAGACAAUGAGCCUCUAAGGGAUGUGGUGUGGAACCGAGUCCCUGGCACUGAGUUCGUUUGGGGCAUGCAUACGCUUGGACCUGCCAUCAGAUCCCAUGCUGUGGAACAUCCCAGCUCUCCAUUUGCGCUCCUGAGUGUUGGCACUGCCACCAUGGACAGCUAUGGGAUUCCGGGUUCCUGCAGGAAGGGUGAGUAG